ACUGGUCUAUACUGGGCCACCCCAGGCAGCAUCGCCAAGCGGCUGAGCUCGGUGGGGGCGGAGAACACGGAGGAGAACCGCCGCUGGUACCGGCAGCUGCUCUUCACGGCCGACAAGCGCGUGGACCCCUGCAUCGGCGGCGUCAUCCUCUUCCACGAGACCCUCUACCAGUCGGCCGAUGACGGGCGCCCCUUCCCCCAGGUCAUCCGCGGCAAGGGCGCCGUGGUUGGCAUCAAGGUGGACAAGGGAGUCGUGCCCCUGGCUGGCACCAAUGGCGAGACCACGACCCAAGGGCUGGACGGGCUGAUGGAGCGCUGCGCCCAGUACAAGAAGGACGGGGCCGACUUCGCCAAGUGGCGCUGCGUCCUCAAGAUCUCGGAGCACACGCCCUCGCGCCUCGCCAUCCUGGAGAACGCCAACGUCCUCGCGCGCUACGCCAGCAUCUGCCAGCAGAACGGCAUCGUCCCCAUCGUGGAGCCCGAGAUCCUUCCAGAUGGUGACCAUGACCUGAAGCGCUGCCAGUACGUCACCGAGAAGGUGCUGGCGGCCGUCUACAAGGCGCUGAGCGACCACCACGUCUACCUGGAGGGGACGCUGCUGAAGCCCAACAUGGUGACAGCCGGCCACUCCUGCACCAAGAAGUACAGCCCCGAGGAGAUCGCCAUGGCCACCGUCACCGCCCUGCGCCGCACCGUGCCACCCGCCGUGCCCGGCAUCACGUUCCUGUCGGGGGGCCAGAGCGAGGAGGAGGCGUCCAUCAACCUCAACGCCAUCAACCGGUGUCCCCUGGCGAAGCCCUGGGCCCUGACCUUCUCCUACGGGCGGGCGCUGCAGGCCUCGGCGCUGCGGGCCUGGAGCGGCAAGAAGGAGAACACCAAGGCGGCCCAGGAGGAGUACGUCAAGCGGGCCCUGGCCAACUCCCUGGCGUGCCAGGGCAAGUACACCCCCAGCGGGCAGGCGGGGGCGGCCGCCAGCGAGUCCCUCUUCGUCUCCAACCACGCCUACUGAGUGA